AUUGGAAAAUCAAUGGGACAUUAAGUAAUAUAUAAAGGGUUAGGGCCAAUCCACUAAUUGCCAAUUGGUUUUGAGUUAGAAGCCCAUAAUAAACCCGAUUCUAACACUUAUAUACCCCACAAAAAAAAUAAUUAACAAUUUUUUGGACCCUACUACAUCACACUCUCUGAGCAUGUGACAACUUAAGCCGUUAACAUUAACGACCCCACUUGCACUAGGAAGACAGCAAGUGGCAAACUAUCUGUUAACCAUUUUCUGGUAUUCAGAUUUUUUUCCACUAUUUAGGACAAGAUUCCUUUGCAUGGAAAAUUUAACAUGUAAGUCUGUUUUUUUUUUUCAUUGCAACAAUAAUAAUUUUUUAUCAUCAACUUAUACAGAUUCUGACUCUAUGAAACAAAUCAAAAAAUUUGCAUGUGAACGACGAAAGACGGUUAUUUUCUGACACUGCGUGCAAGACUAUCCACAUUAGAAUUAUACGUUCUUAGUAUAUAGAUGAUCUCUGAUCAGAAAAAUUUUUUUCAAGGAUUUUAAUAUCUUCCAAAUAAUGAUAAUAUAAGAUGAUGUAAAAAUGAUAUGAUUUAUGUGCUGCCUACCCAUGAAAUCAUUAGGAAUUUAUGAAAUUUCCAGGGAUCAAUCUAGACAACUGAAACCAUCUUUUUAUUCUAGAAUUCAUAUCCUUAUCGUAUGAUUAUUCCACUGUCAUGAAAAUGAUUAAUUUUAUCUAAAUAAUUUUAAUAAUGAACCUCAAAUUAGUAAUAUAGAUAUAUAAAUGCUAACAUAUGGGGUCCAAAUGGUUAGUAUAACCUAUCAAUCAUAUGUGAUUUUGUUUUAAUAAUAUAAAAUUAAACAAAAAUAGAGAAGAUACAAAAAUAGAUAAUUCCGUAGCUUUUAUUUAAGGAAAAAAUUGAGAAUAUUCUUUUGAACACUACUAAUCAAUUUGAUAGUUAGUUAAUAUAAUAUAUAUUUGUAUGGACCAACUUAUUUUUCUAAGAAUUCUAAGAAUCAUCUUAGUGAUGACACAUGACUACGAAAACAUGUUGUAAUGUUAUAGGAUUAAUAUAUAGGGGAUAAUAAUAUAAAUAGUAUGUUCUUUAAUGGAUACAGAAAGGUGAGAUCUAUUUAUUUGAACAAAACAUAUAAAUAAGUAAAAGAGAUCAACCAAACUUAAUUUUUUUCUUUUACCACGUACCGACGGAGUGUGAGGAACGAAUGAGUAAUCAAGUGUCAUUACUCCACGAGACACACAUGGAAAAUCUACCUUGUGUUUGUUUGUGUCUUCUCCUAAGAAAACCAAAUUCAAUAAAUAAUAGGUUUUCACUCUUCAGAGCGCAUAGGUUCGCCUCUAGCAGGUCUAUAAGUUUUACAAGCUGUUCAUGUAAAAGAAUCUCCCUCUUACAUACAUAUUUAAUUGGAUUAUAUAAUGUGACAUCUUGAUUUCUAGUGUAUAGUGUGGCGCAUAUGAAAAAACUCAGUAGAAUUGAUUUGGCUACCUGUAAUAUUAAAUUCUACUUAUCUUUUCAGUUAUGUAUUUAAAAAAAUAUCAAAGUUAAAUAUAUCUGAGCUUGAGCUGAAGUAGUGAAAAAAUAUAUGAUCAAUUAAGAAGAGAUUCAUGUUAUAAUACAAGUGAUGCCAAAACACGAAAAAAUAUGUAACUAUUGCAUAAUCAGUAUUUUUCAAACCUCUAGAAAUUAUCAUACUGAUCGUUGAUCUGAUGGUGGAACAUAUGGACCGAGUGAACGAACUUGAAAACUUACUGGCGGAGAGGUAGGGGUGUUACAUAUAAUUGGCCGUAAACCCACCCAAAUGUUUAGAAUGAAAUCAAAAAUUGGAAAUCGUUCAUUGAGAAAUUAACAGCAUUUUAUCAUUUAGACUGACUUCCGUAUUGUUAUCGUUUAUAUAGUCUGCUUAUGUAUUCCCUUAAAAUUCAAGGGUUACAUAAAUCCAUUGGGUUGUGACUCCGGUUUACCAAGUUUUAGUAUCUUUUGUAUCUUUCUAUGUUUAGUUUAUGUAAUUUCUCAGAUAGAAGAAAAUACUAUGUCAUGAAUUAGAGUCUAGUGAUGUUUUGAACAAUGUAAUAAGCUUAUGAUAGUUUGAUAGUUUUUCAGGAUGAGAAGAAAAGGAGAAGAUAUGCUUUAAAGAAUAGUAGAGGAGAAAAUAAUUUUGUAAUUCUGAAAGAAAAAUCAUAUACUCUGGCCCCUUAAAUAUUCUGUCAAAUGCCAUUUUCUUUCUUUAUUAUUAUUAUUAUUGUUUGCUUGGUCCAUAUCUGGAUUCCUGAAAUGAACACACCAUAAUUUUUCAUGCCCAUUUUUGUCCUUCCAAUAACACAAAUAGGCCUAGACACACACACCAAACGUAUCUCCUUUCUGUAUGUGUGGUAUGUCUAUAUAUCACUACCACCUUCAGAUGCUGAGAAAGUGGAUUUCACACCACAGUCAUAAACCUCAUCAAGUAGCAAUCUCCAUAACCAGUUUGCGUCUACUCUUCUUCUUCUUUAUGUUGGAUUUCAAAUCUGUUUCCUCUCAAAAGAAACAAACCAUGAGCAUUUCUACCUCAAAAGCUCAAUGUUUACCACUUAAGUUUUGUCUCAUCUCUUAAGAUCUUUCCAUAUCACACACUACUCUGUUCCGUGUUUUCCGCUUCUUGCUCACCAUUGUUGCUUCUCCCAUUUAAACCAUUUUGGUUUCUGCAAAUGGCGCACUGACUCUGCUUUAAGCCGUUAACCUUUCCCUGCCAAAUUCAACAUUUUUCUCUAAGAAAAAAAAGAUAAGCAAUUGAGUUGCAGCAAGUUGUGCUAUAAAGGUCCUAUAUAGCUUCAUCACUAUAUAUAUAACUACCUUGCCAAGAAGAAAGCCUCAAACCUGCUAGAAAAAAGCCUUUUACAUAACAGUUUUCUUAUCAAAAACAUCAAAAAGAUGUCCAUCUCUUGCACCAGAAACUUCUUUGAAAGAUUCUGCGUUGAGGAAUACAAUAUUGAUACCAUAAAACAUAGUAGCUUCCUCUCCGCAGAUCUUUUGCCAUCUCUUGGAGCUAGAAUUAACCAAUCAACUAAGCUACGUAAACACAUUAUCUCUCCUUUUAAUCCAAAAUAUAGAGCAUGGGAGAUGUGGUUAGUCUUUCUAGUCAUUUACUCAGCUUGGAUUUGUCCUUUUGAAUUUGCCUUCAUCACCUACAAGAAAGACGCCCUUUUCAUCAUAGACAAUAUUAUUAACGGCUUCUUCGCCAUUGAUAUUGUCCUCACCUUCUUCGUCGCCUAUCUCGAUAGCCACUCCUAUCUUCUAGUUGACAACCCUAAGAAAAUAACAAUAAGGUACCUCUCUACUUGGUUCGCCUUCGAUGUGUGUUCUACAGCACCAUUUCAGCCAUUGAGCCUCCUGUUUCACUAUAAUGGAAGCGAGUUAGGAUUUAGAAUUCUUAGCAUGCUCAGGUUAUGGAGGCUCAGACGGGUUAGCUCGCUGUUCGCAAGGCUUGAGAAAGAUAUCCGUUUCAACUAUUUCUGGAUACGGUGCACAAAACUCAUUUCGGUCACUUUGUUUGCUGUGCAUUGUGCUGGAUGUUUCAACUACCUGAUCGCAGAUAGAUAUCCCAAUCCAAGAAAGACAUGGAUUGGAGCUGUUUAUCCAGAUUUCAAGGAAACAAGUCUCUGGAAUAGAUAUGUGACUGCUCUUUACUGGUCUAUUACGACGUUGACGACCACUGGAUAUGGAGAUUUGCAUCCUGAGAAUCCAAGAGAAAUGCUCUUUGACAUUUUCUUCAUGAUGUUCAACCUCGGCUUGACGGCUUACCUGAUUGGUAAUAUGACUAACCUCGUUGUUCACUGGACUAGCCGAACCAGAAGCUUUAGAGAUACAGUGAGAGCUGCUUCAGAGUUUGCUUCAAGAAACCAACUCCCACAUGACAUACAAGACCAAAUGUUAUCACACAUUUGCCUGAAGUUCAAAACAGAGGGCUUGAAACAACAAGAAACUUUGAACAAUUUGCCAAAAGCAAUCCGGUCAAGCAUUGCAAACUAUCUCUUCUUCCCCAUUGUUCAAAACAUUUAUCUAUUUCAAGGAGUUUCUCGUGACUUCCUCUUUCAGUUGGUUUCAGAUAUAGAUGCUGAGUAUUUCCCACCUAAGGAAGAUAUAAUUCUACAAAACGAAGCUCCAACGGAUCUUUACAUUCUGGUCUCAGGAUCAGUGAAUUUCACAGCCCAUGUUGAUGGACAAGAUCAGAUUCAAGGCAAAGCAGUUGUUGGAGAUAUGUUUGGAGAGAUUGGAGUUCUAUGCUAUAGACCACAACCUUUUACGGUAAAGACAACCGAGUUAUCUCAAAUACUACGGAUAAGUAGAACAUCGCUGAUGAGCGCGAUGCACGUUCAUGCUGAAGAUGGACGAGCUAUAAUGAACAAUCUCUUCAAGAAAAUUAGAGGACAACAAUCAAUAGCAAUAGAAGAUACUACUAAUAAUGACCAAGAAAACAUAAAUUUUCAACUAAUGGGAUGGGAAGAGUGGAUGGAGUCAAGAAAAGAUGCCAAUGGUUUAGAUGUUACAGAGUCAACUUCAGACAAUGGAGAAAAGGCUAUAAUGGAUGCAACCCACAAGGGAGAUACGGAAACAAUUAAGAAGCUAGUUAAACAUCAGCAUUGCAGCUCCAGCAUCCAAACCAAGCCAUGUAGAGGAAAAGACAAGAGAGUUACCAUUCACAUGUUGUCACAAGAGAAAGAUCUAUCACAGUGCCAUAACGGGAAGUUGAUACUCUUACCUAAAUCCAUAGAAGAGCUUGUAAUUCUAGCAGGUGAAAAGUUUGGAGGAUGCAGCUUCACAAAGAUCACGAAUGCAGAGAACACUGAGAUUGAUGAUUUAGAUGUCAUUAGGGAUGGUGAUCAUUUGUUUUUCUCAUCAAGCUGAGUUUGGAGGUAGUAACUGAGACUAGCCUUCCUUCGUUACAGCAAUGUAUGUAUAUCGGCAGCAGUGUAUUCUUACUCGGUUUCAUAGAAUUACAUUGUUAGAGGUUAUAUGAUAUAUAAUUUAAUAACAAAAAACUUGAAAAAUGAGAAAGUCGAAAUAAAGUAGUGCAAUGAAUAAUUUUUUGUUGCUUCAUCUUUUCUUAAACCACUGUACAAAAAA